AUGAACGAUGUGGCUCCUGCGACUGGAAAUGAGGCGGUAACCCAGGAGCUCGGUCCUCGACCGUGGGUUGGAGUUCUUGCUCGAGAGGGCUUGCACACCAUCCAGGACCCUGAAGGGAUACCAACAGAUCAAGACAUCGAAGCGAAGUCUCGGCUCGACGUACUGCGAGAGCUAUUGCGUUCUGGGCGGGAUAUGCAUCUGUGUGGACGAUUCUCGCAAGUUGAUGCCGACCCAAUCCUGUUCUCCGAGGAGAUGGUACAAAACUACCGUCUAGAAAGACCAAUCAAUCCUCCUCUAUAUAUGGAAGAACUUCCUCAGGCACCAUUGAAAGAAGGACCGAACACUACUCAUGUCGGGCUGACAUCCGCCGAGCCGGAUGCUGAUCUCUUUGACUUGCGUGACGAGAUAUGUUUUCCAGCGGCGGCGGCAGCCGAAAUCCUGACCAGCUUGAAGGAUGACGAAUCCAGCGAGGACCUCACGCAAUUCAAUGACACCUGGUCACAAAACCUCCCUGUCAUGGACACCUUCCACCAAGAACAUGGUCUCACUUGGUUGCCCAUGCCCGAUAAUAUACGACAACAAUACCCUGUGCUACAGACAUUUGAAUGGUUGGCGGUGGCGCCGAACGUCCCCUUUGUGUCCGACUGCAACUGGUCGUUGGUGACAAGUCGGGGCAAAACCCUUGCCGUCGCGAACAACUGUGAUUGUGGCGAUCCUAGUCGUGCAGAGACUAACAGUGCCUUGGGUUCUUGCUGCUUUUGCUCCUUCUUUGAAGGCAGAAUGCGGCGCCAUGCCUCAUCGUCAUGCGACAAAUCUGCAUCGUUCAGGAAAAGCGUGUACGCACUGUUACCAAGAAAGGAGGCCAUUUCGAAAGCGGCCGAACAGGGCCGGCCCGACGGGCAAGUCAGACGGCACCACUCAUCACCUAGGCACCUCUGGGAACCUACCAAGGCUUCUACUAGCCUUGAAUACGAAGUCUCCAUGCUCACGCUGAGCCAGCAGAAGUAA